AUGUCUUUCUUCACCAAAUUCUCUCCAAUUAAGGGUUUCCGAAAGAAUCUAUUCCAGAGAGCCAGGCCUCGGUCAAGACAUGCUUCCUCUCAGGCAGGGACAGUGUCCCGAUCUUCCUUGCUCUGGCUCAUCGCCGUGCCGCCUUUGAUUGUAGGGAUUGAGAAUUACUUUGGAGGGAAGUAUUACGAGAGAAAUAACAAUGAGACCAAACGGCUUCGCAAACGGAUAGCCGAAUUGGAAGCAGGGAGCAAGAUUGAGUAUGCUAGUCCCGCUCAUAUGCUAAACGUUAGUAUGGAAGUUCUGUACAAAAUCAUGAUCGGCAGCUGACGCAGUAUAGUAGGUUGCCAUGUUCCUCCGCGACAGCUUAGGCGAGGACUCGGUCAGUUUCGAAGAAGACGUCAUCGAACACCACGGUCAUUCGGAAUGGUCAACUUCGAAUACCAAAGAACGGCCCGUGGCAGUCGUCUAUCCCCGAUCGACAGAAGAUGUCAUCAAGAUUGCUCAGACUUGCAAUCAACACAAUGUGCCUCUGGUGCCCUUUGGAGCAGGCAGCAGCGUGGAAGGAAACUUCUCGUCUCCGUAUUCUGGUAUCUGUGUGGAUUUCACCUACAUGGAUCAAAUCGUUGCUUUUCAUCCUGAGGAUAUGGAUGUUGUUGUCCAACCGGGUGUGAAUUGGUUUGAUCUCAACAACAAGAUUGCUCACAGUGGUCUCUUCGCUCCGCUGGAUCCCUCGCCUACAGCGCAGAUUGGUGGGAUGGUGUCGACGAAUUGCUCCGGGACGAAUGCGAUGCGGUAUGGCACCAUGAAGGAUUGGGUGGUGAAUCUGACCGUUGUACUGGCUGAUGGAUCCGUGAUCAAAACGAGACGAAGGCCCAGGAAGACUUCGGCUGGAUAUAAUCUAACGUCCUUGUUUGUGGGGGCCGAGGGAACGCUCGGUAUGGUCACAGAGGUCACGUUGAAGUUGGCGCCUAUACCGCAAGAUACGAGCGUAGCUGUUGUCUCGUUUGAGACUAUCAGAGAGGCCGCGAGCGCGGCGCAGAGUCUGAUACGCUCGGGAAUGCAAUUGGCUGCACUAGAGAUGAUGGAUGAUGUCCAGGUUGGUGACAUGAAUUUCCCCGUGAGUGCUAACGCUGACUCCACGACAACAGAUGCAAGUCCUCAACAAACACGGCAGCGCCGCAGUGCGAAAACGAACCUGGGAAGAGAAACCUACCCUAUUCCUCAAGUAUACAAAACCCUUAUCCCCUCUUGCCCACAAGUCAAAUCACAUCUAACACCAUCCCUCCCAGAUUCUCCGGAACCCCCUCGUCCAUCAAAUCAGACAUCUCCCGCACGCAGGACCUCCUCGCCCAACACAACGCCCAGACCCUCCACUUCGCCGAAUCCAAACAGGAAGAAUCCACCCUCUGGUCCGCGCGCAAGGAAGCCCUCUUCACCAUGGUCAGCACCCGCGCGCCCGGGACGGAAAUCUGGAGCACAGACGUCGCGGUGCCCCUCUCGCGGCUCGCGGAUAUCAUCGACAUGACCAAGACCGACUGCGCGGGUCUGGGGCUCUUCGCGUCGGUGGUGGGGCACGUCGGGGAUGGGAAUUUCCAUACGGCCAUGUUUUAUGAUCCCACGAAAGCGGAGCAGAAAGCUGCGGUGGAGAGAGUGGUGCAUGAGAUGAUGGGCCGGGCGUUGGAGAUGGAAGGGACGGUUUCGGGGGAGCAUGCGAUUGGGAUCGGGAAGAAGGAAUGUCUUGUGGAUGAAUUGGGGGAGGGGACGAUUGGGGUCAUGAGGAAAUUGAAGAGGGCUCUGGAUCCGAAGUGGGUGAUGAACCCGGGGAAGGUGUUUGAUUUGUCGGGCGAGGAGAAGGUGGAAGUGAGAAGACAGGAGGGAUUGAAGGAUUGA